UUCAUAUCUUUGCUAAUCUGUACUGGGCCGGCACCAAUCGAGGAAUCGAUGGAGGCGAUCGACGAAUUGGCUCAGCUGUCGGAGUCGAUGCGGCAAGCAGCUGCGUUGCUUGCUGACGAGGACAUCGACGAGAACUCAUCUUCGUCGUCGAGACGGCCGUCCACGUUUCUCAACGUCGUUGCGCUCGGCAAUACUGGUGCUGGUAAAUCAGCUGUCAUAAACAGUCUAAUUGGACAUCCUGCUUUGCCAACUGGUGAAGGUGGUGCUACUCGUGCUCCUAUAUGUGUUGAUUUGACAAGGGAUAGUUCUUUGAGCAGCAAAUCAAUUGUUUUGCAGAUUGACAGUAAGAAUCAACAGGUUUCUGCAAGUGCACUUCGGCAUUCUUUACAGGAUAGACUAAGCAAAAGUUCAGGAAAGAGUCAUGAUGAGAUCUAUUUGAAACUCCGCACGAGUACAGCUCCACCUUUGAAGUUAAUUGAUUUGCCUGGAGUGGAGAAAGGAAGUUUUGAUGAUUUAUUGAGUGCAUAUGUGGAACAUAAUGAUGCAAUAUUGCUAGUUGUAAUACCUGCUGCCCAGGCUCCUGAAGUUUCCUCAUAUAAGGCCCUUAGAAUUGCAAAGGAAUGUGAUGGUACCAGAACUAUUGGUGUUAUCAGUAAAAUAGAUCAAGUGGCUACAGACCCAAAAAUCCUUGCAGCAGUUCAGGCUCUUUUAUUGGGUCAAGGACCACGUAGUACAUCAGAUAUCCCAUGGGUUGCUUUAAUUGGUCAAAGUGUUUCUAUAGCUUCAGCACAAUCAGGAAAUGUUGGGACAGAUAGCUCUCUGGAAACAGCUUGGCGAGCUGAGAGUGAAAGUCUGAAAUCUAUAUUAACGGGUGCUCCUCAAAGCAAGCUUGGUAGACUAGCUUUGGUGGAAACCCUCGCUCAACAAAUUCGCAGUCGCAUGAAAAUCAGGGUUCCAAAUCUCCUAACAGGGCUUCAGGGGAAGUCUCAAGCAGUGCAAGAUGAAUUAGUAAGGCUUGGAGAAUCAAUGGUUCAAAGUGCCGAAGGUACAAGAGCUUUGGCAUUGGAACUUUGCCGUGAAUUUGAGGAUAAAUUUCUGCAACAUAUUACAACUGGUGAGGGCAGUGGUUGGAAAAUUGUUGCCAGUUUCGAGGGUAGUUUCCCUAACAGGAUUAAACAACUUCCUUUAGACAGACAUUUUGACAUAAACAAUGUCAAAAGGAUCGUACUUGAAGCGGAUGGUUACCAACCUUAUCUUAUAUCCCCCGAGAAGGGAUUGAGGUCUCUUAUAAAAGGUGUUCUGGAGCUGGCGAAAGAACCUGCACAUCUUUGUGUUGAUGAGGUGCACCGUGUCCUUGUGGAUAUAGUUACUGCAGCUGCAAAUGGCACACCAGGCCUUGGAAGGUAUCCUCCUUUUAAGAGAGAGGUUGUGGCAAUAGCUAGUGCUGCAUUGGAUGGUUUUAAAGCUGAAGCAAAGAACAUGGUGGUUGCUCUUGUUGAUAUGGAACGGGCAUUUGUUCCUCCACAACAUUUCAUCCGUUUGGUUCAGAGGCGGUAUGCUCAAUCAUUGGGCAAUGACCUUAUUUGUUGA